AUGAAUCAUUCGCACGGGAAGGGACGGCUCUAUCCGGCCUACAGUCUAAGUGGCAGCGAGGGUGAAGAUAAUACCUCCAGUUUGCGUAGCCGUGUCUAUCCGCAAAAUAAUCACCAAACUAAUCAGCCACAUCAUAAUCAUUACAACACCAGUCAGCACAAGCAGCGCAUCUAUCAACAGCAACAACAGCAACAUCCCCUGUAUCAUAUGCCCGGCAGUGGUGCCGGCCUCAGUGACACACCGACUUCCGGUAACGCAUCUGACGAAACUCUCACUGAUAGUGACCUUAUCACUGUCGCUCGUGAUUCUGCGCUGCUCGUUCAUAACGUCGGUGAAUUGAUUUACUCGUCUUACGCAGCGACUGAGGCGAUAAAUACCUUUCACGCGCAAGUGUCCACCACGUUGAGUACGGAGUCAGUCGAGUUUCCAGGUGGUACGCAUCGGAUGAAGGCGGAUGCGCGCAGGAUGGGCUAG